AUGGGUACUCUUGCAGACAGCUCUCUGCUUAACAGUCAAGAUGAGCGAGGUUUCACACCACUAAUGUGGGCUGCUGCAUUUGGAGAGAUAAUGAUGGUGGAGUUCCUCCUUCAGAAGGGAGCAGAUCCAAGAACACUGGCUCGGGAACGAGAAAGUGCCCUGUCUUUGGCCAGCGCAGGAGGAUUUGCAGACAUUGUUAAUAUUCUCCUACAACAUGGCGUUGAUAUCGAUUCCUAUGACUGGAAUGGUGGGACCCCUCUUCUGUAUGCAGUUCGUGGGAAUCACACAAAAUGUGUUGAAGCUCUCUUGAGAUGUGGGGCAGAUAUCACAUUUGAGGCAGACUCUGGCUACAGUCCUGUUGCUCUCGCUGUUGCAUUGGGCCACAAAAAAGUGCAAAAACUGCUUGAAGAUCACAUUUUGAAGCUGUUUCGGGGACCAGUGUCAGUGUCUGACAACACAUGAAGCAGAGGACUGCUCUUACAAGACCUUACAAUUAUCCUGCAUAGUUUAUAGCUUUAUUUUGACAUGGACGAUGUGAAGAACUGUUUUUGUAUCUUUUUAAAUUAAAAAACACUUUUACAGACAUGCAGUUCAUGUGUGAUGACCUGAAAAGACAUGUGAAUAUAAUACAUAGAGGCUCUGUAGAAAAAAAGGAAAUGAAAUCAAAAGUAACAUCAGUUUAUGCUUUUCCUGUGAGUAGGUGGGAAUAAAUUCAACAUCCAGAGGUGAAAGGAAGGGGGAAAAAUUGUUAGCAUUCCCGCCUCUUCAUACUUCCUCUUUGUCCUUUUCUCAAAACAUUACAAAACCUUUUCCCCCAGGAUUUCCAAUGUGUAAACAAUUAUUCUUCCAAAAAAGUCAGCACUGUUUUCAAACACUAUUUUCAACUUCUGAACCAAAGGGACAUCUUGAAUGGGAAA